AGAGAGACAGAGAGAGAGACAGAGAGAGAGACAGAGACAGAGACCAUCAGAUGAAGCUGCUUUAAUAGACACCAUCAGAUGAAGCUACUUUAAUACACAGGACUGGUCGUGACGUCACGGCUGGUGGAGCGCGGCGGUCCUGAGGAGCCUCGCGCCGCUCCUCACUCCAACCGCCGCGCAUCACUGACCCUGUCUCCGCUCCCCGGUCCCGUUCCCCUCACCGAACCACACGACCCCGGGAACUAACCCAACACUUCAACUCUCCCACCGCAGCACCAGGACGCACUUCAGUCUAACGCGGUAUGGAGUCCGGAGGGAGGCUGGCCUCUUCCCCGGGCCCCCCCACCCCGGCCCAGACCCCCUCUGAGGGCGUGCCGCCCCCCGGAGACCCCCCCUGCGGUCCUUUGUUCCAGAUGGCCGACCAGCCCUUCAGCCUGUCCGGGGGCUCCGGCGCCUUCCCGCUCCUCGGCCACCCCGCCUUCGGCCUGUUCGCCGCCGCCGCCGGCUCCGGACGCUCCGAGUUCGGAGGCCUGGGGACCCUGGGCGUGUCCGCUGCCCUUGGGGCCCAUCCUCAGCUGGGGGCCUUCCCAGACUGGUGGCGAGCCUCGGAGACCCGCGGCCUCAGCGCCCUCUUCCACCCCCUGCUGGGGCUGCCCCCCCUGUUUCCCCCCCCCUUCCACAACCACCACGCCUUCCAGCUCGGCCCCGCCCCAAACGACCGCUCUGCCGCCGCCACCGCUGCUGCUAAAGGAACCAGGAGAGCUGUGAACGGGGGGGCGGUCCGAUCCCCCCCGGCUGGGAACGGGGCCCCUCACCGGGCCCCCGCCCAGCGGGCCCUCUCCCUGGAGAGGAGCAGAGCCACCAGGAGCAGCCCGGGGGCUCCGGAGCAGCAGAGCCCGCAGAGAGAGCAGGCGUUGAGCCCCAGCCCGCCAGAGUGCGGCAGCCAAUCGGCUUCCUCCUUGGAGAGCUCCAGUGACGAUGGAGUGAGCAGCAGCGACCUGGACGACGAAGACGACGAGGAAGAGGACGAGGAGCUGUCCAGCGACAGCGACGACUCUGAGGACGCUCGAGGGAAGCUGAAGCCCCCCGCUCAGGGGCCGACCCCGGAGAGGAAGAGGAAGAGGGCGUCUGAAGGGGAGGAGGCGCGCGGCAGGAAGAGGUCUUCCUCCUCCUCCCAGCCCCAGUCUUCCUCCCUGGCCACCAUAGCGCUCCGCCCCUGGACGAGGGGGGGGGGGGGGGGAGGAGGAGGAGGAGGAGGGGGAGGAGCCCACGCAGCACACCAGUGUUAUCCAGACCACCGGAUUGGCCGCCGGUCACCAGCCUCCAGCGAUGGUUCCGGCCCCCCACAGAGAGACCUCUGCCGGACCCCGUCCUCCCACUGCUCCUCCCCCAUGCACUCCUCCUCGCCCAAGUCCCCGUCUCACCCCUCGUCCCCCACGCCUCCCUCGGGCCCCGCCUCCCCCUCACACAGAGCCAGGGCUCUGACCCAGCUCACCCAGCCCCGCCCCCGCGACGCCUCCCUCCAGGCCUCCACCCUGCAGCAGCCCUUCCUCCCACAGGGCUCCUUCAGGCGGGACCCCCCGGGCUCCCACAGAGGUCUGAGGAGGCGGCCUUCGUCUCCGCCCCCCUCCCCCUGGAGCCACACCAACCUGUUCCUGAGUGCGCUGACCAACGGGGCCCUGCCGCCCCCGCUGGACGUCCAGGACGCCCCCCUGGCCCUCACCACCAGGGCCCGCGCGCCGGAGCCCCUUCCCCUGCCGGUGGACCUCUGCACCGGGGCCCGGAGGCCCCCCCCCUCCUCCGCCGCGGCCCACGGGCCCACCAGGGGCGGGCGCUCAGCUCCCUCGGACGCAGCCCUCAGGAGCACGGAGUCGGACAUCAGCAGCAGCAAGGAUUCAGAAGACUCCCUGGAGGAGGAAGAGGACGACGAAGAGGAUGACGAGGAGGAGGACGGCAGCCUGUCGGACAGCAGUCUGGAGAGCGACUCGGACGUCUCGGAGGACGACCCCCCGGAUCGGGGGGGGCCGGAGGCGGACGCGGAGGGACCCCCUCCCACACUGAGGCGCUCCCUGUUCUGUCCCUCCUCCUCCUCCAGCUUCUCCCCCCUCAACCUCCAGCUCUCCAGGCCCCGCGACCCGCUGCCCCGGGCCCUGGAGGGCCCCACCACGGGGCCCCCUGCUGGCGCUCUGCCCUACGGCCCCCCCCCCACCUCCACCCCCUCCUCCACCGCUCCUGGAACAGGGAGGAGGAGGAGGGUGACUGACGAGCAGGUCCUCAGAGUUCCCCUUCAGUUCGGGUGGCAGAGGGAGACCCGUAUCCAGGCGCUGGGGGGCCGUCUGCAGGGAGAGGUGUCCUACUACGCCCCCUGUGGCAAGAAGCUGCGCCAGUACCCAGACGUCAUGAAGUACCUCUCCAGGAACGGGAUGACGCAGAUCACACGAGACAACUUCAGCUUCAGCACCAAGAUCAGAGUGGGAGACUUCUACCAAGGGAGGGAAGGACCCCAGGGCUCCCAGUGGUUCCUGCUGGGGGAGGAGCAGGUUGCUCCAUGCAUCGUGGCCAUGGACGGGAGGCGGAGUCGGCAGGGCCCGGGGCCAUCCCCCCGCCAACCCCCCCGCCAACCCCCCCGCCACGGAGACGUCCAGGACGCCAGCGGACUAAAACUGCUACGCAAACUAGAAGCCCAAGAGAUCGCUCGGCAGGCCACUCAGAUCAAGGAGAUGAGGAAGCUGGAGAGGCUUGCGGUAGCCCGGGCAGCCAAGGAGGCCCGGAGACAGCAAGCGGUCCUGGCUGGAGAGGAGAGGAGGAAGAGGAAGGAGCAGAUGAAGAUUCAGAAGCAGCAGGAGAAGAUGCAGCGUGUGCAGCAGAUUCGGGCGGAGAAGGAGAUGCGUGCUCAGCAUAUUCUGGAGGAGAGAAGGAACAGGAAGGCGGAAGCAGCCAAUGCCAAGGUAGAGGAGGCGGAGAGGCGAAGCCAGGAGAAGGAGGUGCGGAGACAGCAGGCCGUGGUACUGAAGCACCAGGAGUUGGAGAGGCAUAGACUAGAUAUGGAGAGGGAGAGACGCAGGCAGCAUCUCAUGCUCAUGAAGGCGUUGGAGGCUCGCAAGAAAGUGGAGGAGCGGGAGCGUCUGAAGCAGGAGAAGAAGGAUGAGAAGCGUCUGAACAAGGAGAGGAGGCUGGAGCUGAAGAGACUGGAGCUGGAGAAGGCCAAGGAGCUGAAGAAGCCCAACGAGGACAUGUGCCUCUCCGACCAUAAGAGCCUCCCGGAGCUGUCCCGUCUCCCCGGCCUGCCCCCUCCCGGCGCCGGCCCCUCCGACCUCCUGAUGGUGGUUCAGUUCCUGCACAGCUUCUCCGGGGUGCUGGGGCUGGACGGGCCCCCCCCGUCCCCCCGCCUGCUGAGGGAGGGGCUCCUGAACCGGGCCCCCGCCGCCGCCCGCGUCUCCGCCCUCCUGGUCAGCCUCCUGGCGGCCGCCGUGCGCGACCCGGGGCUCCCGGCCGGCCACAGGACCAAGACCCUGCUGGGGGAGCCCCUGGGCAGCGUGCGGCUGACGGGGGACAGCGUGUCGGAGGUCCUGCAGAUGUUCCUGGAGGCCCACGGGGAGCAGCCGGAGCUGGCCCUCCGCCUCAGGACCACGCCCUUCAGGGCGCUGCACCCCGCCCACAAGGCCACCCUGCUGGCCGCGCUGGUCAACGAGCUCUGCUGCAGCAAGGCCGUGGUCAGUGAGAUCGACAGAACCAUCGACUCCAUGACCGGCCUGAGGAAGGACAAGUGGCGCAUCGAAGGACGGCUGCGCAAGCUGCGGAGCGCCCACGCCCGGCUGACGGGCAGGAAGGAGGGGGAGGGGCCGGCGGCAGGGGAGGGGGAGGGGCCGGGGGAGGGGGAGGGGCCGGGGGAGGGGCCAGCGGCGGGGGGGGCGGCCGCCGGACGGAGACCCAGGAGGAGAGAAGGAGACAGCGAGGAGGAAGAGGAGGAGGACGACGACAGCGAGGAGCAGGGAGAUGAGGAGGAGGACGAAGAGGAGGAGAGCAGAGGAGGAGGAGGAGGAGGAGGAGGAGGGAGGAAGGGGAGGAGGCUCUGUGAGGAAGAGGACGUCAGCCUCCAGUCAGCCACUGUGGAGGAGCUGGAGAAGCAGAUUGAGAAGUUAUCCAAACAACAGAGUCAGAUCCGGAGGAAGCUGUUUGACUCCUCCCACUCGCUGCGCUCCACGCCCUACGGCCAGGACCGCUACUGCCGCCGCUACUGGCUGCUGCCCCCCUGCGGAGGGCUGCUGCUGGAGGCCCCGGGGCCCGCAGACGGGUGUGUGGAGCUGAACGAGGAGGGAGAGAGAGGGUCCAGCCUUCAGGGGUUAAAGGUGAAGGAGGAGGAGGAGCCAGCCAUCAGCCCCGCCCCUCCGGAUCUCCUGCAGGCCCCGCCCCCCCAGAACCUCUUCCUGCUGAAGCCAUCCUCCCUCUCCAAGCUCAGCACGCUGCUGGAGGCCGGAGCCCCCCCGGGGGUCCUGGCGGGGGUCCCGUCAGAACCUGGGACCCUCGCCCCUGUAGGACGCCCCCCGGGGGUCCCGUUGGACCCCCCGGCGGAGCAGCUGCUCAGGGCCCUGACGGAGCGCGGCGCCCAGUGGUUCAGCCUGCUGCCCCGCUCCGCCUGCGACCACGCCUCCGUCACCUCCAGCAGCCCCCGGGACGCCUCGCCGCCCUGCCUCUCCCCCCAGCCCCCCGCCCUCACAGACCCCCCCCAGCCCCCCGCCCUCACUGACCCCCCCCAGCCCCCCGGCCUCACUGACCCCCCUGGGGCCAGCAGCCUGCAGCUCUCUGCCCUCCAGGGGGGCGGGGCCUACGCAGGGCUGCCUUUCUUCCCGCCCUUCGGGCCCCUCCCCCCCCUGCUGGCGCUGGCCUAUCAGCAGCAGUACGAGGUCGGCGGGACCAGCAACCCCUUCCUGGUCCACGCCCCCCCGGCCCAGACCUCCAAUCUGACCCUGCCCAAACCCCCCGCCACCCCCGCCCCGGAGACCACCAGGACGCUGGACUACCCGGAGCCCAGAGCCAUCCCCGAGGACAUGGCGUGGGGCUGGUGGAGGGUGCGGGGCGUGGAGGAGCUGCGGGGGGUCAUGGCGGCGCUGCACAGCCGGGGGGUCCGAGAGAGGAGUCUGCAGAAACAGAUCCAGAAGAACAUGGAGUACCUGAGCCUAGCCUGGACCGGGACCUCGGAGGAGGCGUGGCCCCUGGAGGAGCAGGCGCUGGGCGGGGGGGAGCAGUGGUGUGUGGAGCAGCAGGCCAUGGAGGUGGACCUCAGCCUGCUGCAGCAGGUGGAGCACCUGGAGAGGAAGGUGUUCUCAGGGGGCCUGCAGAGCAAGGGCUGGCGACCCCCUGCGGUCCAGUCUGGGCGGGGGGACCUGGUCUACCACGAGCACCGAGGCGGUGUGGCGAGGAGGGCCGACAACCCGCUGGACAUAGCGGUGCUACGGCUGGGGGAGCUGGAGGCCCACAUAGAGAGAAGUGAGGAGGAGGCGGCCCCAGGCAUGAGGCUGUGGGGGCGGGCCCUGGCCGAGGUGCGUAGCUCCGCCCAGCUCUCCCUCUGCGUCCAGCAGCUGCAGAAGAGCCUGACCUGGGAGGGGGCCAUCAUGAAGGCUUGCUGCCAGCUGUGCGGCCGAGGGGACAACGAGGAUCUGCUGCUGCUGUGUGACGGCUGCGACCGCGGCCUCCACACCUACUGCCUCCGCCCCCGCAUCACCGCCAUCCCCGAGGGGGACUGGUUCUGCCCCGCCUGCCUCCCACUGGGCAGCACCCUGACCCCUCAGGAGCAGAGCCCAGCUGGGAACGUUGGGGCCGGAGAGACCGGGGAGACCGGAGAGACCGGGGAGAUCGGAGAGACCGGGGAGACCGGGGAGAUCGGAGAGACCGGGGAGACCGGAGAGACCGGAGAGACCGGGGAGACCGGAGAGACCGGGGAGACCGGAGAGACCGGGGAGACCGGAGAGACCGGGGAGGCCGGAGAGACCGGAGAGACCGGAGAGACCGGGGUCAGCGGGCCGAUCCGUCCCCGGCGGGGGGCUGCCACAGCGGGGGAGGGCUCUGAGGACGAGGCCCCCAGCCCGGCUAGCAGUAGCAUCAGCAGCAGCACUAGCGUUAGCACCAGCAGCAGCACUAGCGUUAGCACCAGCAGCAGCAGCUCCGUGAGGAACGACAGGAAGGAGAGCAGGAAGAGGCGGGCUGAGGAGGACGGCUCAGCAGGAAGCCAGCAGGAAAGCCCCGCCCCCUGGGGCAGGAAGGGCAGGACGGCCAAUGACAACAAAGACAACGGGACCACGGACCUGUCCGCAUGCAGGGUGCUCCUGGGGGAGUUGGAGGCCCAUCAGGACGCGUGGCCCUUCCUGCUGCCGGUGGACCAGCGGUCGGUCCCGGGCUACAGGAAGGUGAUCAGGAGGCCCAUGGACCUGAGCACCAUCAGAGGGAGGGUCAGCUCCAACCAGUACCCAGACACUGAGGCCUUCCUCUCUGACCUGGCUCUGGUUCUUGAUAACUGUGAGCGGUUCAAUGAGGACCGCUCUGAGAUCGGCCGUGCCGGACUCCGGCUGAGGAGCUUCCUGGAGCGGCGCUGGGCCCAGCUGCUGCAGCAGAGCCUGUAGAACCUCUGGAACCUUCUGGAACCUUCUGGAACCUCUGGAACCUUCUGGAACCUCUGGAACCUCCUGCUCUCCGCCGCCGGCCGGACCGCGGCCUGCCCCCCACCGCUCCGGCCAGUGGACCCCAACGUCUCCCUGGAGAUGAACCUCUAGAACCUUCUGAAUGUAUUUCCUGUUUGGACUAUUUAUAUCCUCUUUUGUUGUGUAAGAAAAUGGAGGCGAGGCGAACUUCACGGAAACUACAAACAAGAUGGAGGCUGAAGUUUUUUGAGCAACAAGACAAUAAAAGUGUACAGCUCUCUGGUGCUCAGUGUGAGUGUGAGAGAGAGAGAGACUGUUUCUGAUACUCUGGUAUAUAUAUUAAUAUUGUGUAUUUGCUUCCAGCAGCUUCAUAAAGGAUGAUUCGGUGAACACAAGAUACACGCUUUGCAUUUUAUUUUAUGCCAGCGAUGGUAAAAUAAAAGGUAAUCUUGG